AUGAUUAUCUCAUUUUAUCGAUAUUUUAUUAUAUUUAUUUUCUUUUGUCAUGCUUAUUUUAGUCAUCGUUCUAUACAUGGUUUAACAGAACGUUUUGAAUUAUUUGUUUGUUAUAAAGAAUUAUGUAAUGCAUAUACUGAAUUGAAUAAUCCAAUUGUACAACUUGAUGAUGAAGAAGCUCAAACAAUUGAUGAAAAUUAUUGUAAAGCACUUGAAUAUGGUUUACCUUCAACCGGAGGUUGGAGUAUAGGAAUUGAUCGUUUAACAAGGAUGUUAACAAAUAGUAACAAUAUUAAAAUUCUUGCUGAUUAUUCGAUUAGAAUUCCAAUUGAUGAUUCCGUUAAAAUUCUUACUGGUGAUUCGGCUAUGGCAAGUGGUGAUUUGGCUAUACGAAGUGGUGGUUCGGCUAUAGCAAGUGGUGAUUCGGCUGUAGCAACUGGUUAUUAUGUACCUGAAGACGAUUUGUGGUUUGGAAUGGACAUUACAGCCUGGAAAUCUUUAACGAUAGAUGAUAAAAUCAAAGAAAAGAACACAAUUAUUGAAGGUCUCAAAAGUGAAAUAAAAGAAGCAAGAUCAAAAGGAAAAUCUGUAUCAGGUGUUAAGGCCAAAUUAGCUGUUGAAAAAGAAGGAUUACAGAAGUUAUUAGAACGAAAAGAAAAAGAUCGUCUUAAAAACAAAGAAAAUAAUGUUCGAUAA